AUGCCCAUAGAUUUGAACCUCCUCCUCUACGCAACACCGCUCUUGAUUUUCGUGUGGUUGUUUCGACGGCGGCUCGGGUUGGCGAGACAGGAAUCUCUCCCUCCGGGCCCACCUGCGGAUCCUAUAAUAGGUCACCUUCGGAUUCUCCCUCCUGUGGGUCAGCCAGAAACGUUUCACGAAUGGGCAAAGACGUAUGGCGACGUGAUGUAUCUGGAAGUCUUGGGCCGCAAGAUGAUCGUCCUCGACAGUGUAGAGGCGGCAAACGACCUGCUUGAUAAGAGGAGUGUGAUUUACAGCUGUCGGCCUAACCUCGUUAUAUUCCACCUAAUGGGCUGGGAUCGGGUCCUGUCGCUGCUGCCGUACGGGAAACGGUUCCACCGCCACCGAAAAUUGUUUCAAACGCACUUUGGACGGCAGGAAUGCAGAGAGUAUUUGCCUUUGCAACACCAGGAGGCUGCUGUUUUGGUGAAAGAGCUCAUGGAGAAGCCUGAUGACUAUGAUGCGAUUGUCGGCAGAUUUGCCGCUGUAGUUAUAAUGAAAAUCGCUUACGGUUACCACAUAUCGAAUGAAGACGAUCCGUUGAUGAAAUUGAUUGUCGAAAUGACAGAGGCCAUUAACAACUCGGGACCGCCAGCGAGUACGCCUGUUGAGUUUUUCCCUUGGUUGUCGAAUUUUCCCUCCUGGUUUCCUGGGGCGUACUAUGCUGGAUAUGCACGGAAGAAGAGGCCGACCAUUGAGAAGUCUGUUAACUAUCCUUUUGACAUUGUGAGGAAACAAGUCGCGGAAGGGACGGCAAGCCCGUCUUUCACUGCGUCGUAUCUGAACGACUUGGGCUCUGCAGAGGACGAAGAAGACUACUUAGAGGAUGUUAAGGGUGCGGCUGCGCAGAUAUACACUGCCGGUGCGGAUACCUCGUGGACAACACUUCUCGUCUUCUUGGUCGCUAUGGUACUACAUCCCGAAUUCCAGGAAAAGGCGCAAGCGCAGAUCGAUGCCGUCGUCGGGCCGGACCGACUCCCGACUUUUGAAGAUCGGGCUUCGCUUCCUUACAUCGAUCAUAUCCUGCAAGAGACCAUGCGAUGGAAUCCUGUCCUUCCGAUGGGAUUUCCCCAUCGCUCGCUAGAAGACGAUGUUUAUCGCGGCAUGUUCAUCCCAAAGGGAUCUAUUGUUUUUCCCAAUGUUCGGGGAAUGGGACUUGACGAGAACAUCUACCAUCAAGCUACAGCAUUCAAUCCUGAUCGUUAUCUCCCGCAACCGGGAGGAAAUGGAGAACCAUAUCUUACGGCAUUUGGGUUUGGGAGAAGGAUUUGCCCUGGUCGGUUUUUAGCCGAGAACGGCAUGUGGAUCGCGAUUGCUUAUAUUCUGGCGACUUGCAAAAUUUCGAAAGCAAAAGGCGAGGAUGGGGAGGAGAUUACUCCCGCGGUGGAAUUCUCCAAUGGGCUUGUCAAUCAUUUGAAGCCCAUAAAGUUCAGUCUCGCGCCUCGUACGACCAAGGCGGCUUCGCUUGUGAGUCAACAUUGA